CUACGUUGAGUGAGGGCUCUUGGGUUAGUUCCUGUUAGGCCCCGGCCGGGGGAGUAGGUUGAAGUCUCCUAAGAUGCCCGGUGGGCUGGGGCACUGAGAGCUGUGAAGAAGGCGUCAGGAGGCGGCGAGGGGCGACCCGCGGCAGGCCCGAACAGGAGCGGCGGCGGAGCCCGCCUUCCGUGCACCAUGCUCAUAGAGGAUGUGGAUGCCCUCAAGUCCUGGCUGGCCAAGUUAUUGGAGCCGAUAUGUGAUGCUGACCCAUCAGCCUUAGCCAACUAUGUUGUAGCACUGGUCAAGAAGGACAAACCUGAGAAAGAAUUGAAAGCCUUUUGUGCCGAUCAACUUGACGUAUUUUUACAAAAAGAGACUUCAGGUUUUGUGGAUAAACUAUUUGAAAGUCUCUAUACUAAGAACUACCUUCCACCUUUGGAACCAGUUAAGCCUGAGCCAAAACCACCAGUCCAAGAAAAAGAAGAAGUUAAAGAAGAGGUAUUUCAGGAACCAGCAGAGGAAGAACGAGAUGGCAGAAAAAAGAAAUACCCUAGUCCCCAGAAGACUCGUUCAGAAUCUAGUGAACGAAGGACACGUGAGAAAAAAAGAGACGAUGGCAAGUGGAGAGACUAUGACCGGUACUAUGAGCGGACUGAAAUGUACCGUGAGAAGUAUGACUGGAGAAGAGGCAGGAGUAAGAGCCGGAGUAAGAGCCGAGGCCUGAGUCGAAGUCGGAGUCGAAGCCGGGGGCGCAGCAAAGACCGGGAUCCCAAUAGGAAUGUUGCAGAACAUAGGGAAAGAUCAAAGUUUAAGAGUGAGAGGAAUGACUUGGAGAGUUCCUACGUGUCUGUGUCUGCACCACCUCCGAACUCUUCUGAGCAGUAUUCCUCUGGGGCACAGUCUAUUCCCAGCACUGUUACUGUGAUCGCACCUGCGCACCACUCUGAAAACACAACGGAGAGUUGGUCUAAUUACUAUAAUAAUCAUAGCUCUUCCAAUUCUUUUGGUCGAAACCCUCCACCAAAGAGGCGAUGCAGAGAUUAUGAUGAAAGAGGAUUUUGUGUACUUGGUGACCUUUGUCAGUUUGAUCAUGGAAAUGAUCCCCUGGUUGUUGAUGAAGUUGCUUUGCCAAGCAUGAUUCCUUUCCCUCCGCCUCCUCCUGGGCUUCCUCCUCCACCACCUCCUGGAAUGUUAAUGCCUCCGAUGCCAGGCCCAGGCCCAGGCCCAGGUCCAGGUCCUGGCCCAGGCCCAGGCCCAGGUCCUGGCCACAGUAUGAGACUUCCUGUUCCUCAAGGACAUGGCCAGCCUCCGCCUUCUGUUGUGCUUCCCAUACCAAGACCACCUAUAACGCAGUCAAGCUUGAUAAACAACCGUGAUCAGCCUGGGACAAGUGCAGUGCCCAAUCUUGCACCAGUGGGAGCAAGACUACCUCCUCCCUUACCCCAGAACCUCCUUUAUACAGUGUCAGAACGACAGCCCAUGUACUCUCGUGAACAUGGUGCUGCUGCAUCUGAGCGACUUCAGUUGGGGACACCGCCUCCUCUGUUGGCAGCUCGUUUGGUGCCACCUCGAAACCUCAUGGGAUCCUCCAUUGGGUACCAUACCUCAGUCUCCAGCCCCACCCCUCUGGUCCCAGAUACCUAUGAACCAGAUGGUUAUAAUCCAGAAGCUCCUAGUAUUACCAGUUCUGGUAGAUCUCAGUAUAGGCAGUUUUUUUCAAGAACACAGACACAGCGCCCAAACCUGAUUGGCCUAACCUCUGGAGAUAUGGAUGCAAAUCCAAGAGCUGCUAACAUUGUCAUCCAGACUGAACCACCAGUUCCUGUUUCAAUUAAUAGCAACAUAACCAGAGUGGUUCUUGAACCAGAUAGCCGGAAAAGAGCUAUGAGUGGUUUGGAAGGGCCACUGGCAAAGAAACCUUGGCUGGGAAAGCAAGGGAAUAACAAUCAGAGUAAACCAGGAUUCUUGAGAAAGAAUCAGUAUACAAACACCAAAUUAGAAGUCAAGAAAAUCCCUCAGGAAUUGAACAACAUUACCAAGCUCAAUGAACAUUUCAGCAAAUUUGGAACUAUUGUUAAUAUCCAGGUUGCCUUUAAGGGAGAUCCAGAAGCAGCCCUCAUCCAGUAUCUUACCAAUGAAGAGGCCAGAAAAGCCAUUUCCAGCACUGAAGCAGUUCUAAACAACCGGUUCAUUCGAGUCCUGUGGCACAGGGAAAAUAAUGAGCAGCCAGCACUACAGUCGCCAACACAGCUGCUCCUGCAACAGCAGCAAACACUUAGUCACCUGUCACAGCAGCACCAUCACCUGCCACAGCACCUUCAUCAGCAGCAAGUGCUGGUGGCCCAGUCUCCUCCCUCAACGGUACAUGGGGGUAUUCAGAAGAUGAUGAACAAACCACAGACAUCGGGUGCAUAUGUUCUUAACAAAGUUCCUGUGAAACAUCGUCUUGGACAUGCAAGUGGUAACCAGGGUGAUGCAGCACACUUGUUGAAUCAGUCAGGUGGUGCUGGAGAUGAUUGCCAGAUAUUUUCAACUCCAGGCCAUCCAAAAAUGAUCUACAGCUCCUCAAACUUAAAGACACCUUCAAAACUUUGUUCAGGAUCAAAGUCUCACGAUGUCCAAGAAGUUCUUAAAAAGAAGCAGGAAGCAAUGAAGCUACAACAAGAUAUGAGGAAAAAGAGGCAAGAAAUGUUAGAAAAACAAAUAGAAUGCCAAAAGAUGUUAAUAUCCAAGCUAGAAAAAAACAAAAACAUGAAACCAGAAGAGAGAGCAAAUAUAAUGAAGACUUUAAAAGAGCUUGGAGAAAAGAUCUCACAAUUGAAAGAUGAGUUAAAAACAUCUUCUGCAGUCUCCACACCAUCUAAAGUAAAGACAAAAACAGAGGCCCAAAAAGAACUAUUAGAUACCGAACUGGACCUUCACAAGAGGCUAUCCUCAGGAGAAGACACAACAGAGUUACGGAAAAAACUCAGUCAGUUACAGGUUGAGGCUGCACGAUUAGGUAUUUUACCUGUGGGUCGAGGAAAGACCAUGUCCUCUCAGGGUCGAGGAAGAGGCCGAGGCCGUGGAGGAAGAGGAAGGGGUUCACUAAAUCACAUGGUGGUGGACCACCGCCCUAAAGCACUAACAGUUGGGGGAUUCAUUGAGGAGGAGAAAGAUGACUUACUUCAGCAUUUUUCACCUGCAAACCAAGGGUCAAAAUUCAAAGACCGUCGGCUACAAAUAUCAUGGCACAAGGCCAAGGUGCCUUCUGUAUCCACUGAGACUGAGGAAGAGGAAGUCAAGGAGGAGGAAACAGAAACAUCAGAUUUGUUUUUGCAUGAUGACGACGAUGAGGAUGAAGAUGAAUAUGAAUCUCGUUCAUGGCGAAGAUGAAAUCUGAUGCGAGCUGUAUACUUUUUAGGAAUAUUGUUUAGAAGAACAACUUUUUAAAAUUAUUUAAAGAAGUCAAUGAGCCAAAAAAAUUUUUUUUAUUUUUAUUUUCAACACAGUAGGUUUAAGGACAGCAAGUUUGCUAUUUAAAUACAUCUCAUAACUGUUCAUGAUAUUAAAGCACCAAAGGCCUAGUGACUUUUACACAGUUGUGAAGAUCCACAGGAAUGACUUGGAUAAUCUCUAGAGCCUUAUUUUUCCACACCACCUGUUUUUGUUGCUAUUGGUGUUGGAUUAUGAUGUAAAUGACAGGGUGUUCAGAAAUUUUAUUUUGGAUUAUAAUUUGCUGAUAAAGUUUCAUUAAAUGUAAAAAUCGCCUGGAAUCUUUUAUCUCUUAGAUAUUAUGGAUGGGUCAUCAGAUAGUAGGAGAUAUUUGUAAUUAAAAUACCCUUUUGCUUUCAAGAGUUGUCUUGGAAGAAAAGUAAAUUUAAUUAUUUUAUUGAGGAGGAGCCCAAUUUGUAUUCAGUCUGAAUUCCAGGGGGAUUUAAUGUGCAGCAGUAAGUAAUAUUUUAGUGUAAAUCGUAACUGUUCUUCAAUGCUAUAAGGCAAUGGUAGCUAGCUCUGUGGGAUUUCCAUUCUGUCAUCAUAUUAACUCUCCUGGACUUCUGCCACUGAUUUUUAGUUUGCUUUGAAAUUACUGAGCACUGGUUCAGUUGGUCCUUUUUUUU